AUGUCAGUUAUCCUAUAUUUGGUUUUAGAUGGUAUAUUACAUAAUUCUGUUCCAAAGUGCAAUAAAAAUGACGACUAUUUCCUGCCAAUCGCCUAUGGACUUACUUCUGAAGAUCAUGUCGUUCGAAUCGCUAAACUAAUGAAAGGUGUUGGACUUCCCGGUGCAGUGAAGGCAAUAGAUCGUUUUUCUGCUCUUUGUACUCCCAUGGAAGCUCUUGAUGAUGGAAUUGGCAAUGAAACUACAGAAUGCAAUCCUGAUUACUUUUAUGUUGAUUGUAAAUGGCAUAUUUGCCUAUUUUCCAGAGAUCUUCUCUUCAGUCUAUCAGAUGUGGAAGUAAGACCUUUUAAAGUUUAUAUUGACACCUAA